UUCCGGGUCGUCUAUAAAGCGCCGCGCGCGGCCACGUGAUUCCCUCUCCCUCCGGCGCCGCCAUGGAUACGAGCCGCGUGCAGCCCAUCAAACUGGCCCGGGUCACCAAAGUGCUGGGCCGGACCGGCUCGCAGGGCCAGUGCACCCAGGUCCGUGUGGAAUUCAUGGACGACACCAGCCGUUCGAUCAUCCGCAACGUCAAAGGCCCAGUCCGGGAGGGCGACGUCCUGACACUGUUGGAGUCUGAGCGCGAGGCCCGGCGGUUGCGCUGAGCCCUGAUGGGGUGAAAACUCCUCAGCAUGACCCGCUUAUUCGAUCUGCUCUGGGCAAGAUGAGUCAUCAGAUGCGAUUGAAAUAAAGUUUGUUGCCUUCCCAUAAA